AUGCCGGGGCCUGGGCUCUGUCCCCUGGCAGCUGAUGGUGACAGGACAGCUGAGUGCCACCUCCUGUGCCUGCAGGACCAAGAUUGCCCACCCAGCCAGAAGUGCUGCCUGCAGGGCUGCAGUCGGGUGUGCAUUCCCCCACUGUGGGAACACGAGGCUGCAGUGGUGCCACGGUACCGUGCUGAGCCGUGUGUGGAGGAAUGUGAGGCCGACUCACAGUGUCCUUGGGGACAAAGGUGCACCCGCACUGGAUGUGGCCACACCUGUACGAAUGCCCCUGAAGCCAGAGAGAGAGCAUGCCCAAUCCCCAGGGACCACGGGAUAUGCGUGGACCUCUGCAGCCUCGAUGAGGACUGUCCCUGGGGCCACAAGUGCUGCAGCAACAGCUGA